ACCGAUUGGGCUGCCUUAAAAAGGGCAAGCACGAGUCUGUCUUUACGCCGUCAACCUCCGCCUUCUGCCGCAGCACAGAAAUAGAAAGCUUUGGCAGGAAGACAAACUCGAGUAGACCGGCCGAGGGCACAAAUUUAGUCCCUUAGUUUAUUGGAGCUGCGAAGUUGUUUUUAUUUUUAUGAUCAGUGUCUGUCUUCUUGUGCAUCAGCAGCGUUAGGUCGAAAAGUAAGCUAACCUUCCCGGCUGAACACCAAAGCCGGCGGCUGUUGAUAACACAUAGGUGGCCACACAAGAGUGUUUACUACUUCCGUUUACCUGUCAUCGAGUUCGUCAAACACCUUCCAACACGUGUAUUAGUUUGAGGGAAUGGCGCUGGACUUCGCCGCUGGAUGUGUUGGAGGUGCUGCUGGUGUUUUAGUUGGGCAUCCAUUUGACACUGUAAAGGUGGGUCAAUAUUCUAAUAUGCUGAUCAAUAUUCUCACUUUUUUUUUCUCCAUUUCAAACUGUUUGCUUUACUCCAGAGAAGAAUCUGAAUCCAAAAUAUGGGAAAGAUGCACAUUUUAACAGCACAAGCAGUAGAUCUCCACUAUUUAAGGGGCAUUAAUUAAAAAAUUAGACUAAAAUUUGUCAUAAAGAGUAGUUUUGCUUUGCACAAAGCUUAAUGUCAGCUCAAACUUUUUAAAAAUAUAUAAAGUAAAGGAGAAUUUUACAUUAUAAAAGUUUGUUUAUUAUUGUGAUUUUAUUAUUAGGGUUAAAUUUGCUGUGUAAUGCUCUGUAAACCUAGUUAGUCAUUAAUUCUAUGUAACCUCAAGGUUGCAGAAUGUAUCUUAGCAACAUGCAGUGUUGGUUGCAAAGUAAACAUUUACCCAGGUGAUGAAAAAGAUAUUUGAAAGGUUUAGAAAUUGAGGCUUUUUCUAUAAAAUCAAUCUGUAUGUUUUCUUAAAUUGUUUGAAAUCUUCCACUUGGUUUUUAAAAAAAAAAAAAAAAAAAAAAAAAGGUGGCGAGGAAGUGUUAAAAAAUGGUGACGUGGUAGCAUCGAUUUCAGAGGCACACACAGAUGGUGAAUGGUUUGAUUGGAGUUCUUUUACACCUUGCUUUUAAUGUCAUUUCUCCCUGAGCCGGUGUCUGCUUGGGGCUCGGGGCAGCUGUCUUUAACAGCAACAGUGUCACUGUGUUGUAGAUGAGAGAGAGAAAUAUACAACCUCUCCACGGAAAUGUGACCUAGUGCGCCUUCAGGUUCAAAAUGUGGACAAACCUUUGUACCGUGGGACAUUUCAUUGCUUCCAAUCGAUCGUACGGCAGGAGUCGAUGCUUGGUCUGUAUAAAGGCAUCGGCUCUCCGAUGAUGGGACUGACCUUCAUUAAUGCCAUAGUUUUUGGUGUUCAAGGCAACGCCAUGCGGCGACUUGGCAGCGACACGCCUCUCAACCAGUUCCUGGCCGGAGCUUCCGCCGGAGCCAUUCAGUGCGUCAUUUGCUGCCCCAUGGAGCUGGCCAAGACGCGCAUGCAGAUGCAAGGGACUGGAGAGAAGAAGUCCAAGAGGAAGCUGUACAAGAACUCGCUGGACUGUUUGGUCAGAAUCUACAAGAAGGAGGGCUUUCGUGGGAUCAACCGCGGCAUGGUGACGACGUUUGUGCGCGAGACGCCCGGCUUCGGCGUGUACUUCCUUGCCUACGACGUGCUGACGCGUUCGCUGGGCUGCGAGCCGGAAGACCCUUACAUGAUCCCAAAGCUGCUGUUCGCCGGCGGGAUGUCCGGCAUCGCCUCCUGGAUCUCCACUUACCCGGUGGAUGUGAUCAAGUCACGUCUGCAGGCAGAUGGAGUGGGCGGAGUCAACAAGUAUAGUAGCAUUAUGGACUGUGUCAGACAAAGCCUGAAAAAGGAGGGGUGGAGAGUCUUCACCCGCGGACUGACGUCCACUCUGCUGCGGGCGUUUCCCGUGAACGCCACGACCUUUGCCACCGUGACUUUGUUUUUAAUGUACAUGAGGGAGGGAGAAGAAUGUAGGAUCCAGGACUCGGAGCCCCAGCCUGUGCAGCUGCAGCCUCUUCAGCAACAGACGCAGCCGACCAGCAUGUAAGGCGUUGUUGUGCACGUCACUGUCAGAGCUUCCGUUUUUAAGAAACGUCUCGCACGGGUCUAUGACCUGUAGACUGGUUCAUGAUUACAAAAGAGACCUGAACUCCCAUGUUGGCAGGUAACAUUUUAAGGAAUGUAUGUGAAACUAAAGGCUGCAAAUUAAUGCACAUGCUUUGUACAUGCUGUUUUUUUUUCUUUUGGUUCUUUCCCAGAUUUUCUUUUGUUGUGACAUUGAUGUCCCUAAAAUGUAGAAUUAUGCUUUUCGUUUUUUAUUUUUUAUGCUGGGUUCAGAUAACUAUAGAAUACGAUCUGAUAACUAGCAGCCAUUCGUGCCCAAAGUCCUGUUUGGAUCCUAGAAUAAAACCUAAAAUCUUGGGCAUGCUUGUGAUUUACAAUCAGAUCUAUUGUACACUGAAGUUUUUUUGUUUUCAACCAAACAGCAUUGAUGUAUUUUCUGAUAAAGGGAGUCUUUUUACAGUUUUAUUUUUAAAGUUUGUGGGGUUUUUUCAGGUUACAGAUGUUCUAUAUUGUGGCUGUCUAGAAAUCUUUAACUGGAUCCAUUUGCACGGUCAAUUGUAACCCAACAGAGUAUCUCUGUCAUGAAUUUAGCUUUAGAAAUGUAGAACUAUGGUAAAAAUGUGACUAUUUUACUGUCUAACAUAAAGGUUGUGGUGGAUGGUUAAGCUGUAAUGGUAGAUCUACAGUUAUAUAUUGCCUGGAAAGAACAAAAUGUUAAACUACAUCUUUCUAAUGGAGACUGUGCUGUGAUACAUAAAUAACUUUUAUGUUUAGCACCAUCUGAAAUGCAUGUUCAAGUUGCCCUGUUGACAAAAGCACCUUAUGGUACAUGUAUGUUUGUGUGGUUAAAGAUGGAAUUACAGCCCUGUUGUCUGCGUUACAAUCAGUUCUAUUUUUGUGUAAUUUAAUUAUUCCAGCUUGAUCUCAACGGAGGUAAAAAAAAAAAAAACUUAUUACUGAAGAUGCUUCAAUAAAAAAAAAAAUCAGUUUAUUUUUCUAAAUCUCGUUAAUGCAAAGCUUUACUGAACGAAAAGCUAUAAAUGUGAUGUGUUCACAUUGUUCCACUAGGGGGCAGCAUUGGACCAGUUUUGUGCUGUUGUGCCCCACCUAGAGGCAGAGGGAGUAAUUACAACUAAUUCUCAAAUCUGUAGGUCAGCUGGACUGUGAGCAGUUAGUUUCCGCAUUUUUAGUUUAUCAAAGGACUAAUUUAGCAGGUUAGAAAUUAAUUCUAUUCACAUUUUAAGUAUUGAUUAAUAUAAGUUUGUUACAAACUGGGAGGAUAGUUAUAUUACAGGAUAAUCUACGGUUUGUCCUGCAUUUGUGGCUUAGCUGGGGACUCGUGUGGCACAAGACUUGACAAGACUGUAAACAUGGAUUCUAUAAUAUAGAAACUAUUUGAUAAUAUAAUUAGACUUUUUAAAUGACACUUCUGCCCCCAAACCAUGUUGGUUUUGACUGGUGAAUUCCUGAUGUCUUUGUAGAAAAAAAAAGGCUGUUGCUUCAGUGUUCUGUGUCUGUAAAAUAAUUUUGAACCAAAAAUGGCACGACUCCAAUGACACUUUUCUUUGGAAUGACACUUUUCUUGUGUAAAUAAAGUUGUGCUUUAGAGUUGUAAA